AUGGCUUCCUUAGGAGGCAUGUGGGCUCCAGCAGCCGUACGUGUCCUUCGUCAGGCCGUCGGCAGUACCGUCAAAAUCUCGAAAGUGCUGCGCACCAAGCUGGGAAGCGCAGCACACAGACCGAUCACCCAGCUCCCCCAGCCUGUCACAUCUGCAGCCAGGCACCAACCCAUCCACCCCUUCGCAUUUCUGCGCCAGCAGAAGCGCGGUUUUCGAUGGCACUCCGCCUUUCGCAACGCUCAUUAUGAUGCCGUUCGAAACACCUUUCGUCGGUUCAUUAGUGGAUCAACACGUGCCCAGCUAUCGCAGUCGGUCCAGACAACUCGUUGGGUUAAGCAGUUUACAGGGCGUGCGCCCUUUGCUUCGACGCUGCGUCCGAACUUGACCGGGGGUGCAUUCCCGAGAACCGCCGGCGGGUAUGCGAUACCAGGAUCUGGAAGGAUGGGUGGUGCACGCUAUUUCAGCCAUGCACCUCCCGUGCAAGCUCAGGUAGUGCAAAAUGUCGGGCAGGCAAUGCGGGCUUUCUGGCUGUCGGGCAAGCGAGCCCAAUUUGAUGGCUAUGGGCCUCGGGGAGAGAAGUGCUAUCGUGUCACCACAGAGUUGCAGGACGAGACCGCCAGGAAAGCAGCAGCAGCCGCUGCAUCACGCAAGCGUGUGCCGGGUUCCUUCAUUGACUUCUCCGUCAACCCUACCAUCACGGCACUGAGCCCCCUUGCCGGCAACUUCCCAUUCGCUAUGUGCGGUGUUAACCAAACUACCGCAUUUAACGGCCCCACAUUGAACCAGGAUGGUCUGCUCGAUCUUCUCUUGACCGAUUUCGAGCGGGCAUUCAAGGAUCUUAACGCUGUCAUGGCAGACUUGAAGAGGCUCUCGGAUCUUGGAGAUUUACCAAUUGUUUUGGAGAAUGACUCUCACCUUGUACGUGUUCGGUUCCCAGGUGUGGAUGCAGAUACUGUAACGAGGCUCUGCGAAGAUAUCGGCGUCCAACAUGGCAUCGUUGGGCAGGAUGAGGACUUUAGGACGGCCCAGGAUUAUGCGUCGGACUUGCGCUUUCCAUUUGCGCCUGACCACGGCACUCCGGACGACUUGUCAUCUCCAGGUGGAUCUCUGAGAUCUCACCAAUCUUACUCAUCGGAUCUGUCAACAGAUCUGGAUGAUGAGUAUGUGGACCAUUUUAUGGAGGAGAACCCUUGGCUCUCCUCUGUAGAUGCAGAUGAUUAUGGCUAUUCUCGUAUGAGCUUAGCCUCAUCUACUCCAGACAGGCAAACCAGCUUACAAGUACAGGGUUUCGAGGGCGUCGAGGGCAUUUAUCGAUUUAUACAAGAGUGUGAUCGAGCUACUGGGCGUUUUUGA